AUGUGGGGACCUCAAUUCGACAAAGGCAGUUUUCCUAGGGUGCCUCUUGGAGUGCAAGGCGGAGGGUCUUCCAUGCACAAAACUGGCUCAGGCAACAGUAAUUCACGCCGGCCUUCCCCGUCUUCCCAGACUUCUGGGCCCUCGAGAUUAGCUGUGGCGUACCGUGUAGUCAAACACUGGGUCGAGGAUCUGCUAAUCUCAGACCUUAACCCAACUGUGAACCACGUGUCCAGGCCUUCUACGGCCUCUGCCGAUGCACCUGUUUCUCUUGCUUCAGCUGGAUGUACGACUAUCCCACGGGAAAGCAGGCGGGAAAGCAAGGCAGGUAUUGCUUCAGAGUUCAGUCAUUCCAGCAAUUCGGUUAUUCCCUUGAGCCACACGCACUCUCAAGAUGUAGGAGCACCCCCUACAACCAUCCCAGUCUCUCUAUCUGAAGGCUUAUGCCUCUGUAGCAGUGGCCCUCCUUGGCAGGUUGUUCCCGCUUACCUGUCCCCGCGGUGGCCCCCCGCCAGGAGUCAUUUUGGAGAAGCGCGGCACGGCCGCAGCAGCGACCGGCUGUCCCCUCAGCAGGCAGUGACAUGCUCAAUGCUGGAAGUGUAUGCGUCGCCGGAGAUUAAAGAAGAGCCAGAAUACAAGCCUAGAGUUCAAGACGGGAGAGUGUCAAGCAUUGGCCACCAUGAACUUUCACCCCAUGCCGCCAGAGCGGUGGGGGAGGUCGUUCUCGCCAAGUCAAGUGCGCUGACUUCCCCCUACGUUGGAAAAGCUACAGCAGUUGCCGGCUUUCCAGCUAACAGCACUAGCACCCAUAGUCAGCAAAAUGGCUUUCGGACUGGCGCAACAAGGGGGAGCAAUGGUAAUGUGCUGCGGGUCGAGGCUGUAAAUAUACCUGAUGCAGGCGGAGGAGCUCCUAAUGGAGAAAAAAGCUGCCUACAAUAUAACCCCUUCAAAGUCAGAUGGGGGAACAUCAGUACAGAGCGUUCUCCGCAGGGGAGGCUGCGAGCUUCAUCGCUUUAUAAAUCGGCGACAGACUGCGACUUAUCCAGCGCUGUGGAGCCACGAAAAGCCCCUUAUCAAGCUCAGCAACCAGUAGAACGUCAAGGCCCACAGUUUGACAUACCCCUUGCUGGGACUGAGGGCAAUGCCCAGACUAGCGGCGGGUGCACAAAGAUGCAGGGACUUCAAAACGCAGACAGCCUCCUGUGGCGCAUGAAGGAUCGCUUAUCUUCGACGAGUAAAACGAGUGGUGGUAGCAGAACCCACCUGUUUAAAGAGCCUGCAGAGUAUCCAGUUCGUGCCCAUCGAGCAGUGGAUAACGUUUACAGACAAGAAACCUUCCCCCAGAAGAAGGAUCCCCGAUUCCAUCGGCAUAUGACCCUGGUUUUCAAGGAUCCUGAGGUGGAACGCUCUUACGGGGAGUUUCUGCGGCACGCACGCGUCAAACGCCUCGUAAUUGUCGGAGUACUGACUAUCCUCUUAAACACGAUGUACGACUUGCCAGAGUGGAUUAUUACUCUCUCUGCCCCAAUGCUGAGUUCGGUGGGACAAACCGUAGGGGAAAGUGAUUUCUCUUCAGUAUCGAAUCAGUUGGCAUCUCGGGACUUACGUUCCUCCUUAGCUUGGUUGCUCGUAUUCCUGGACGUUAUUGAGGUGCUUCUCCAGGUACUGCUUGCAGCAUCGGGCUACCUUCCACUUUUAAGGAACCACACAGAGAUAACCACAGUCACAAUAAUACUGAGCACCUCUCUCCUCAGCUCAGUUCGCCCCUCAUUGGUCCUCCUGCUUCAUGAAUCUGAGGCAAGCUCUGAUGGACUGCAUGGACAGGGGCUAAUAACUCCAGUACAAACUAUCAUGACUUCCACUUUUUUGAGGAGUAUCGUGGGAAGCGUUUUAAUCGACUUGGUUUGUUUAAUACGGAGAAGAAAGCUCUACCACUUCCACAAGCUCCUUUCGCUCCUGCUUUUAAGUCUCCUAGUGACCUGCACAGUCGGAGGCGUGCAGCUUGGGUUUCCAUAUUCGUUUUUCGUCUUCUCAUGGACUGUCGGACUGGCAACAGGCGUUGUUAUCGCAGCCUGCCAUGCAGGCGCCUAUAUGAGUGAAUUAAUGCAUCGUAAGGCAUUCCAUAGCGUUUCAGCUAUUUCAGCAAAACUGCAAAGAAUCGAGGAAGAGAAUAAAUCACAGCGCGCCACUGGAAAGAACAUGCUGGAACAGCUCGUAGGACUGCUUAAGCAAAUGGGAAUCUCUCUGAGCUCUAUUGAUCCUAAUAGCUUGGAAAUGCCAAUAAGAGACACUCUCCUGCAGGUCACUGCACUUCAAUCCAAGUGUUUGGGGGUUCUCACCAGUGGAAGGGAUAUGUAUGCUGUCAACUGGCUCUCGCCCGAAGUCCCACCCGAGAUGCAAGUGUUGUAUAAGAAAUUCAUCGAACCCUACGUGCGCCAAGAUUCCAUAUUAGCGGGUGCACAUGAUGUGCAAACUGUCUCUGCUGUAAACGCGUUACGCGGAAGAUCCCGCACAGACACCAGUUUCCCUACUGGGACCUGCCGGGUAGCAAUCACUCCUCGUCAACAGGAAGGUGCCCAUCACGAGCCGACUUCUGAAGCAGCUGCUUUUCAGCCACUAGAUAUUCCUAUUCAUGAAGGCAUCUGCUUGCCUGAAGUGGAAUCUGCAUACUUGACACCUAACCUGGGAUUGGCCGAUGCUACUGCGGUUGCGUGUAGUACCUUGUGGUCACUGCCUACACUAGCAAUGAAGAAUACGGAAAGCAAAGAGACUACGGAUACAGCUCCGGAAACUCACGCCGAGCAAGGAACAACAGCGCAAGACAAUAGUGAAAAUCUACACGACGUCACAAACCUCCAAAACCAAGACUCACGUGAAGAUAUGCGGCAUACCCCAGUAGGACAUGCCAAGCGGAGAGACGCCGUGACCCGAAGCACCGUAACCGUAUCUGGGUUACGAGCGGAUAUCCACAGCGCGGUUGAACUCACUGAAGGGGGUUGUACUCCACAGGCGAGCCCACUCUGGGGAGAGUACUUCGCAGAGUCGGACUCAGCAAUCGAGGAGGCUCUAAAGUGCCCAUCUGUCAGUAGCACCAUUGGAACCAUAGGGACUGAGUGGACUAUCGACAUGUUCGCUUUAGACCGGGCGACAAAUGAAAAUUGCCUCGUACUAGUCGGAUUGCAGCUCAUGUUGCCCCACGUAAGAGACGGUGGCCUAGCCUGCUCCCCAUCUGCUCUUUACGCUUUCCUCAAGUUGCUGCAAGACCAAUAUCUUCCAAAUCUCUACCACAAUCGCUUGCACGGUGCCAUGGUUGCACACCUCUCAGUAAUGCUGUCUCGAAUAGCUGGGCUUUCCCGUACGUGUCAACUUCGUCUGGGAAGCCCCACCGAAAUUCUUUUAGCGGCUGCCCCUUCGACGCAAACCCUAACACGUGGCAAUACCGUGUCAUGCAAACACGUGCCCUCACGAGAGGAGAGGCUCCUUCUGCCGAGUACAAGUUCCGUCACUCAUUUGGAAGCUUCGGUGGCCUCUCGGAAGGCGCUAGACGAUGAACUAAUCAUGUGUAUUGCCGCUCUUGGCCAUGAUGUUGGGCACCCAGGGCUCAACAAUGCUUUUCUAGUGUCAACUAAUCAGUCCCUUGCUCUCGUCUACAACGACAACGCCGUCCUGGAAAACUACCAUUCAUAUAUCACUUUUAAAACAAUAUCAGCCACAGCAGGUGUUGAUGGAGGAAUACUAAAGGUUCGCCAAGAAAAGAAGCAAGUGAUAGAAUUGAUCCUCGCGACUGACAUGGCGCAACAUUUUCCCAUUCUCUCUUCCUUCCGUGCACGCAUUGCAUCCCCAGCCUUUUCAGUCUCCUUCAACGAAGAAGAUAGGUGGAUGUUGGCAAAGCUGCUAAUAAAAACAGGAGAUAUCGGACACUCCAUGCUGGCCUGGGAGCAGCAUUACAUCUGGGCCAGCCGAGUUAAUGAAGAGUUUUGUAAGCAGGGUGACGUGGAAGAGCGGCUAGGACUUGCAAUAUCGCCCCUCUGCGACCGUCGAAAGGCAGCCGAACUACCUGCAGCCCAGUGUGGUUUCCUAGAAUAUAUUGUGCUGCCUCUUGCGACGGAAAUAAGGUCCUGCUUGGAACGCCAAGUGGGAACGCCGUUGGCGCAUGCCAGAAGUGCAUCACUGGAGCCUAUCAGCACUGCGCUCUACUUGAUGGACGGUGUGAUUGCCCACGCGAACUACAAUCUGAGGUGCUGGAAAAGCAUGACUACGCCGUUGACACCACAAAAACAAGCAACUGCCGGUCCCACAGAACCAGUGUUGGUCGAAAAGGAGCACGAAAGCCUAGGCCGAAACGCAAACAGACGGGCUUCUACAAACUCUGCCGCACCUGACUUGUGA